AUGGGCGUCACCUUGUCCCCUUGUUGCGGCCAAGUCACAGUGCUCGAGAGAGUGCAGCCUGAUCAGGGUCGACCUCUGCACCUCAGAUGGCGUGCCUGGUGUCGUCGCCCCAAAGGGCAAGACGCUGGGCUGGGCAUGGCUACAGAUGAAGAGGUGGCUAACAAUGCAAGUGACAAGGCAUACUUAGGCAUUGUCGCGAAUAGUGCGCCCGCCGGGAGAACCUCCGAACGAUACCCAGAGCAACGCCAGCCAGCGACGCUCGCGUCCACCGCAGCCCAGGAGCGCAUCACCCAACCCUCGACUGCCGGCGCGUGCUCCCUCGCCGAGCGACCCGCCGUGCUGCAGCUCAGCCAGGCAUGGGCUGCGUGUGUACGGCAGGUUUCAUCCGGCCUAGGGAACAUGGUCGUUUACGGCCACACGAUGCCUGUUGUUCAACACCUGUUCGCCAGGCAUCCACGUCAAAUAAAUCGCCAAAUCCGCCUCCUGAAGCUCAAUGCUGGAGCGGAGGCGGAGGAGUUGUCUGGUGAGCUGGUGCACACCCCCCUCGACGGAACGCCAUCCUUCACCGCGGUUUCCUACGUAUGGGGCAAUCCGCAGCCCCGAAAAGGAAUAUUCUGCUCGGGUCUUAAGAUGGAGAUCGGCCCCAGCCUGCACAGCGCCUUACUACAUCUCCGGCAGCCCGCCUGUGAGACCUACCUCUGGGCGGACGCGCUCUGCAUCAAUCAGGAGGAUAUCCUGGAGCGCAACCAGCAGGUCAGGAUGAUGGGCGACAUUUACGCCGCGGCGUCCUCUACAGCUAUCUGGCUUGGCGAGGAGUCGUGCGAAGUUAAGAUGGCCGUUGGCUGGUUACGCAGGUUCGCCGUAGCUUGGGACUCGUUGGAGUCCGACCCAGGCUUUAUCACCAGAAACCAGGCCGAGGGAAUCUUGCAGGAAGCAUUCGGCAAGAAAUCAGAAGCUGCCUUCCAACAUAUUUGGGCUCUCCUCAACCGUCCGUGGUUUGCACGGAAGUGGGUCAUCCAAGAGCUGGUCAAGUCGCAAAGGCCAAUUUUGGUGGUCGGCAGAGUGGCUCUCCCGUGGGCGAUGUUGGCUGACUGGCUCAACUUCGUCGAGUGGUGCCCAAACGUAAAGGAGCUUUUCAUGCGGUUCUGCCCGACACCUCUCGAGGCGGGUGCGAAGGUGUUGGGCUUAACUCUACUCCGGGCUUCGCUUCUCAUGCGCUGUGCGGUCCCAGAGAAGAAACUCCUGUUGUUUCUCAUCGUGAGGACGCUAGAGUUUAGAUGCGCCGACCCCCGUGAUCACAUAUUUGCAAUGGUAGGAAUCGCAUCCGAUGCCGACCGCUUCGAUCUGAUCGACUAUGGAAGCCCAAUGGAGAAGGUUUGCCGACAGCUCGCGUAUUCUUGUGUCUCCGACAGCAUGAGCCUCAAGUUGCUGUGGUCUCUUGUCUACCUUGCGCCGUUAAAGAGUCGAGUACGCUCUUGGUUGCCAAACAUCGAAAGAGUGCUGGAGGACAGGGACGGAAGCAUCUUGGCUUCCCAGUUCUCUGUACAGCAGUACAAAGAUUAUAACGCAUCUGGAGACACAGUGCUGCAAGCGCAUUUGGACGAUGGCGGGGAUACGCUGAGGAUACGGGGCCGCCUCGUUGACAAGGUUCGACAUCUCGGGUCGGACAACAGAAGUCUUGGCGACGCUCGCAUCGUCGAAAACAUGUUUAACGGGAAUCUCCAACUCAUUCAGAACAAUAUCCAAACGAUGCUGAGGCGGAGGUGGCAAUGGCUAGAAGAAUGUCUGGCAAUUGCGAAGACCUCGAGCACGACCAAUGCCGAGGAAGCUUUCCAAAAUGCGUUGCUAGGCGACUCCCUCAUCAACAAAGAGGUACCCCAGAGUUUGGCAGUGGUCAAGAGCGAGUUUUCUACUCAGAUACAUCUCUACAAAGUCAUGGCCUACGAAAACGACUUUAUCAGCUGGUUGUCCGCCAUAAUUGCAAGCAUGAGCCUCGAAUCAAGCCAUGUCCUGGAAAGCAUGAUACUGGAAAAGCUGCACCGGCGGUUUGGCAGGACUGAGAACGGAAGGAUAGGCUGGCUACCACCAAUCGCCGAGGAGGGAGACUUUAUCUGCGUCUUUGACGGUAUGGAGCUCCCGUACGCCAUCCGUCCAGCGUCAGACGGCCGAUAUCUCCUUCUUGGUGAAUGCAUCAUCCUAGGACUCAUGAGUGGGGAGGCGGUGGGGAUAUCUGGCGUCGUUUCGGAGUUCAUCAUUCUCCAAUAA